AUGCCCCUCGGCGAUGCUAUUGAUCAUCGCUCGAGUGUGCCGCGAGACCUGGCUGCCGCUCCGACAGUUACUGACGUAUCCGGUCCAGAAGAGAUGAUGCAGGAUGGCGCAUCACGGCAGCAGGCCGAGCGAAGUACUCGGAAUGCUGCAUCCGAGAUGGUUCGCAUUGAAAGACCAACCUUCUUGCGUGCGCAUCGCAAUCUGGAACCAGUUGACAAGGGCCAUCCUUCCCACGAGACAAGGGAAAGUGCAGAAGCUGAAGGAGGCGCUGGAGUCAGUGCGAACGACCGGGUCACUGGUGGACGAGGCAUGAACUGGAACGCGCCCUGGGCCGGCCGCUUCAGCAGCGAGCGACACUAUCGCUGGGUAGGAGAGCGAGAGGUGAAACAUAGCCGGCGAGGAACAUAUGGCCAGCAAGGAUCAGAUCGCAUUAAUGAUUCAUCCGACACUUUGAGAUCCCCACGAGGAUUCAGAUCUCGCGAUAACACAACCGGAGACUCGGAUGGCUCAUGGACUGUCCGACGCUUGUAUGAUAUCCGGAACCUGGAGGAUCUGUGGAACCUUUUACAAAAGCAUAAUCUGCACAGGCUGUCCGGCCUCGAGCUGGCCAAUAUCAUUUUGCGACUGUCGUCCUUGUCAAGCGUGGCCCCGAACGCGCGGUCAAAAAAUGACGCCGGAGUAGAAGUGCCCGGUGAACCGGACGACGUGUACCAUCCAUUUCCGUGCGAAGGCCGAGAUGACAAUACCGAUACGGAGUGGAGAAAAAGUCAGCGGAAAGUGCCCUACAUAGCGAGGAUCAUUCGGAUGCGGGAAGAGGUGAAGAGGCACCCGAUUUUCAAGGACAUCCUUUCGCUUCUACCUCAAAGAGUCGGUUCACUGGACGUAUCAUCCGCAGUAGCUCUCCUUCAUGCUCUCGCGCGAUUUGGCCUCCGUCCCUCUGCAACGCUGCUGGCCCGGCUAGCCGAUGUGAUUGUCGAUCGUGCUCUUGUGGGCUUUCUAGAUCCCCAUCAGGAGGUUGACGAGAAGGCGAGGGCUCCUGGGUUUUCUAUGACGCGUCGUGAGCAUCUUAAAGACGUUGAACUGAUGCAAGAGGGUGCCGUCCCUGACUUCGUGCACUACGCGAAUGGUUCUGCAGUGCAGCGGAUUUGGCGGGUGUUGGUGGCUUUACGGCCGGAGGAGGACGCUUGCCGACGUGACCGUAUUCAGCUGCUUGAGUCCAGCUCGCCUCUCUCAGCUGUCAUUUUAGGGAUGGACUUCGAAGGUGUCAUCAUGCUACUCUUUCCAGGCCAGUUGUGGGUCGCGUGCGAGACCAUCGCGCCUCUUCAGCGAGAGCGACUUUUCCCGGCUCUGAUGCAACUGACGAUGAGGAAGUUCAGGACGGCAGCCUCUCGUUUGGAAAACGCCCUUGGCAAAGAGGAUGCCUCGAAGCUUAAGCCCUUCGAAUCGCGCACGAGUCACGACGACAAAAUCCAACGUUCCGAUCAGCUACGUGAAGCCGAUCAAGCUGAUGAGGGUAAAGCCACAGGUCGAGAAGGCAACACAAGAGACGUACCGGGCUCGGCCGAACACAACCGGCGUUCUCAAGCUGGACAAGAAGGAACGUGGAGGCGUCUGCCAGAGUUGGGCGUCGAUGUCGAAACAAUUGCGGCUGUGGCGAGGGCGGCAGCUGGAAUGCACCUCGGGGAAUUCCACGAACGGUUUGUACAGUCGGCUGAUAGUGUCGAAGAGGUUCUGCAGGCCAUUGAUGCAGCGGCAGCGGAGUCCGAUAGCAUCACAGGGACACAGGUACAAAUGGAGUCAGGAUCCGGAACGACCAGUGAGUCGCCAUCUACGAAGGCGUCUGACAGCCACUUCACUGAGAGUGAUGCGCUAUGCCUCGAUUCGCUAUCCCUUAGCUCGGCUCUCCACCGAUUAGCAGUUCUGCAGGAACGCUGUCUUGGUGACAGAGGCCGAAACGAUGGACGUGCACCUUCUCCGCCAGGCCUCAUCUGUGAAAAGGAGACUCUUACAACUGUGAAUUCGCAAGCUGUAGUAGGACCGCGAAAAGGUCACGAAGAUCGGUGGUUGCACGAUGGCAGGAUGCGGAGACUGUUGGGGACUAUUUUUGUCAAAAUACCUUCUAUGGAUCACCAGCUAACGCGCAUUCUGUGGGCCCUUGAAAAGCUCGGCCUUUUCGAGCGUUUGUCUGCUGCGUCCUCGCUUCGGCGUUUGUCGUCGAUUGAGCUCGCAGGACAUGUAGCUGCAGGUGACUCAUCUCGGGGGAUGCAGGCGGGGUUACGUGCAUCAUCAGUCGAGAAGGUAUGCGAAUCCAGCAGUGACUACACCCUCUCGUCGACCUGUGAUGACACCGCAAACCCAAGUGUCACCACGGACGGAUCUGCAACGCGUGCAUUCUCAUUUUGGGAACAUCUGCUCUUGAGGCUUUUUUCGAGGCUGUCAGAACUGGCCACCGCUCGGGAACUGGACGGCACGCAGCUGUCGUCUGCACUUCGGGUCCUCGCGAGCAUUAAGGCCCAAGGAUUUUUUGACCAUCCUUACCAGGCAAUCGCAGACCCACGUGGCGCGGCUGCACCUGCCACUGCUCAGGACUUGGCAACUCCACAGGCAGAGCAAAUGGACAGAAAGCUACGGAACGGAGCAUCCUCACUGCUAUCCGUUGCGGUCGCGUUUCGAAAGCGGAUGGUGGAGUGUGAAGCACGCCUGAAUGGUGGCUUCCGACAUCUUUUGCUGCACCUGGCCCCGUCGCUGAGCGCGUUGGACGCGAGCACGUCUUUGUUCUCUCUUGCCACGCUCGAUUGGGACUCCGCGACAUCGAGCGUGGCGCAACCGGUGAAGGCGGAUGAGAGUCCAGGAGCGUUACAAAGAGGGAUUUCGCCAUCAGCAGAUGAAGCCCCUGUUGUGGCGGCCGUCCUCCGGCGACUCAGAAUGGAAAUAUCAAAUUGUAAUGCGCAGGCUUUGACGAACGCUAUCUGGGCAGUGGCUACGAUAGCUAGCAAGCGUCAAAAGGAAUUCGACCGGAGGCAACUGAAGAAUAACAACGCAUUUCACGCACGCGAAGACAACCCGUUACGAUUCGAAGAUGAUGAGGAGAGGUCUGGGAAUAUUAGUCUGCCGAGUGAGACCGAAGACUUUGCCUUAUACCUGGCGCCAGUGGCCUUGGAUCGGGAAGAAAAGCUGUUUCUUGAGACUGUGCGUAGGUAUAUCAACUCGCAAGUGCACCUGCUAGGCAGAGAAGCUCUGAGCAUGCUGCUGCUGGCGGCACUCAUACUGCGGUGGCAGGAGCCGCAACUGCUUCUGAGCGCAGUGCGGCGCGCACUCGCGUUGCUUCGCCGAGCGCAGCGCCGGCGCUGCAUGCGACACAACAGGAUACCGCACGGAGAUGGACAUCAACAGCACAAAGCCGAGGAACCAGUACCGGGCCAGGCGUCUUCUGCGGCCCCCCCUGGCUCGUGUUCCUCCACCGGCUCAUCGGCUUCGUCAGAAGGGUUCCCGACUCCUGACGGGCUGCGAUUUUGUGGGGAGGAGGACCGAGGAGAAGGGGAGUUGCAUAGCCGAGUGUGGGCAGUCCUUGCAAUGCUUCAACAACAAUCACUAGACAAAUUCGCUAGCCCACGCGAGUUUCCCAGUGCAGGCCUAACUGGACGAACCGACACGGUUGAGCGUGCCACUGAGCUCAGUCGAGGCCGUCAUGUGCGGGAGGGGACGGAGUGCUCAAAGAGAGUUCCUACCAGUCCCAAUUCGUGGGACGCAUCACAAGCUUUGAAUGGAGACGCGAAGAGUGAUGCCAAACAUCAAGCUUGUGAUUUUUUGGAUGCGGAGACGGAAGCGGCUGAAGUCCUAAAAGCCGAUCUGGAGCAGAUGCUUUGUCGUAGCUGCUGGCCCCCUCCCAAGCAUAAAUGGAGAACAAAACACGUUCAGUCUAUCCUACUGUCUCUCAUGACUCUGCAACAAGACCGGGAGAAGCACUCGCAAGAGAAAAGGUUUCUAAUGGAGCCGAGCAGCCCCUGCUGGACAAUCAAGGAGCAGCAGCAGUGUCUAAAGGUUGGGCCUUCGUCCUGUGAACGAGAAGCCUCCUCAAACGUGACCACAAAACGUGGACUGUCAGCCAACAGAGAGCGCGUUCCACCUGGGGACGAGCAGCGGCAGCAGCAGUCUUCUGCAGGACGCGAGGAACUGCUUUGUAUGCUGGAAGCGUUUGUUGCUCGGUCAAUCCGCGCUGUGACAUGUGAGCUCACAAGCAUCCACACUGCUGAAGAAAAAAAAGCAGGAUUUUCAGCUGAAGAAAAGGGAAUAGUGAGUGAAGCUGGAGAGAUCGAGGCUUCAAGUCGACAGCGGCAAAUUGUGAAUCACUGGAUCAAACGUGUGAGCUUGCUCUUUUUCGCGCUCCGUCGUCUUCGCCGAACAAUGCCUGAGACUGACAGCCUGGCGGCGUGGUUCGUGAGGGACAGGCAGCAAAUGAGUAGACCACAGAAGGUGGAAAAAUCAACGUGUUACAUCUUGGAACGUCAUCUGACUGUUCCAGAUCAGCUUGCAGGUGGUACAGCGGAUGCCGUGCGCGGUAGGAAUGAGGCAGAAAAACGAAGUCAGCAGUGGAGGCCGCCAUGGGACAGCCUCUCCUAUUCGCGCGCUCCUGAUUCUCAUGAGCCACGGAGCACUAGGACCUACAGCGAUGCUUUGGAAGCGAUGAUUGAGUUGAUUGCAGUCAUGCUCCGAAGCAGGUUCGCCUCUCCUAGUCAUGGGCAGUUUCCCAGCCUCCUUUUGGAGCUCCACUCGUUUCUGUCUGCCUGGCAUCAGAAGCUGCUACCUUCUCAGGUGAACCUAACCGGAGGAAGUGCUACCACAGACGUGGUACUGGACAGGGCGGCGGAUGCGGAAGACAAGAACGCAGGGGACGCGCCGGGCACAUUUUGGAGUCACACACAGGACAGAGCCGACCAGAGAGCUGCGUGUUCCACGGAGACGCACACUCCGAUUCGCCACGAGGACGACGGAGGUUCGCACGCGUAUCCGCGUAUUGCCAAUGACGGACAGAACGGCGGCAAUGAAAGCUUUGGAUUUGAGAGGAUAAACGCUGUUCUCCAAUAUCAUUUAAGACCGGCACUGAUUUCCUGGCUUGUUGAGAAUAUGCAUACUAUUAGCGACCCGAUGUACAAUCGCUUGUUUCCGUUGCUGCAACUCCUGGGAGCCAAGGAAGAGGUACUCACCGCUCUCAAUGCCGUUGCUCUCCAAAGUUCUCCCUCAGACACAGCUCAUGACGACGGCAAGCCCAGUCAGGAAAAUGCUUCUGCUUUCCGACUAAACACUUCAGUGCCGGAGGAAACGCACCUAGACGACCCGAGCGCACGGAUGCCUAUUCAUGAAGGAUCGGCUGUCCUGCCAGCCUUGCGCAGAUCUAGAGCAGCGUUGCUUUCCCUUCUUCUACAUCAUCGCGAGCGCCUCACCUUCCAGCCGCCUUCUCUUUUUACUUCGCUUCUUAAGGCGGCGUUUCCACGUCGUGUGCUUCCGCAUUUUUUGCCUACCGAUCUGGCUCACGGCCUGACGGCUCUCCAGCGCCUCAAAGCAUCCGCAGAAGCUCCUGAUGAUGUUGCUGUUGCAGCGUUCCUGGCAACUGCGUACGAGGCGGGGGCACACUCGGGCGCGUUGAAUGACUCGUGUGCACCAGAACCAGUCUCCAAUUCACCGGUGGCGACAUGUGGCUCGUGCGGCGAGGUCGCCGCUGACAGUAACAGCCCAGGAGACGGAGAGAGCGCUGGUUCACCGGUAGUGGAGCGACGGCCGCAGUCGUCAACCGAACUCCCACGGGCUAAACAUUGGGCAAGACGUAUUGUCGAAGACGUUCCUCUUGAGCUUAUUGCACUGCUGAAUCGCCCAAUCGAAGCCUGUCGCUUGACCGAAGCCAGGGGAGGCACAGGCAUUAUCACCGGUCCUUGCAGCCAAAACAGGGACGGUUCAUUCCUUCCCCCCAAAACGUCGUCUCCCCCUACUGGCGCAGGCGAAUCUACUACCCGGCGCCUGGAUCGGCAGUUGCACCAGUCUGACAGUGGCACGGGUCGCAACCGCGGCGACAUGUUAUUGGGAGUUCUAGAGGCUAGUCCACAGUUGACGGCGAGCGCCACGGGAGACGGAAAUAAAACACUGGAUUCCAAAACUGUCAGCCAAGGAACAAUGCACAGACGGCGAACGUAUUGGGACUUGCUGGAGCCGCAGCAGUUGUCCCACGCCGGUGCCGCCGCUGCUCAGUUGCUUGGAGUGCCUUCGGCCGCCCCCACCUGGCUACGAAUGUUGGAGAGACUUCAGCCGGAGAUUACAGUCGGAUGUGCGCGGGCGCAGGGCGGACCAGAAGCGGGGGGUGCGUCUGGGUCUGGCUGCAUUGGCUGGCAACCUGUUGCCGCUGCGACCCGUCCCGAGUUUCAUUCUGCCAAUCGCCGAAACGAAACGGCUCACAGCCACUUUCCGGACAGCUCAGUUGCUACAUUGUUGUCUCCUGCUGCGGCAGCCCUCACCGGCUAUUUGCUCUCCCUCGAAUCCCCAAUAGGGAACACGAGUCUGGCUGCCCCGGUGGCCAGUGGUGACCUCGGAGUACUUGAGGCUGGAACAAAAUCUGCUUCAUUAUCGGGACAAGGAACGGGCCAAUUUUGUCCUUUGAGGUCUACGCCUGCAGGUGCACUGCUACCGGAGCCACCAAUACAGCGUCAAGAUUGUAGCAGACGUGUGGAGGCAGAAGCUGCCCCGCAGCAGUGGCAUACUGACGCAUUAAAGUCAUGGAGCUGGAGACGCGUUCGUGCUCUUGUCCGCGAGAAGGGAGACCGGCUUAGCGCAGCAGGGGCUUUGCGCCUUCUUGGCGGUGGUCCUAAGAGCCUGGCGGUUGGUCGGAGUCUCGCGAAAGACGCGAUGGUGUUGGCUAAUGUCUUGCAUCUGCUUCAGGGUUCGCAGCAUCGGAUGGACGAAUAUGUGACGAACGUGAAGUGUUGGAGGCAACACCAGGCGAAGGCCGACAACGGAGACAAUGCCAAAUUCAUGGAGACCAGUACACAAACGGACGUCACAGGGAUGACGCCGGAGGUGCCCGCACAGUUAUGCCUCAAUGCAAACAGAACCGCGGACGUGAACGAUGGCCUAAGACUUCUUGUAUCCGAAGAAAGACCGGAAGUAACUGGACACACUGGAAAGCACCUCCCGACAAAUGAUGAUGACGCAGCACCUUUCAUCCACGUUUCACGUUCGGCGACGUCGCCUGUAACCGCAGAUGCCCCUCCUGCGGACGACACCAGAGGCGACGUCAAAGAAGAAGAGUACCAUGCGGAGCGCCUAUUGCCUUUGCAGCAGCUUUGCAUAUCCUACUUUCUUGAACUCUUGGAACGACUUGCUCUUUUGGAUGGACAGCGGACCACCUCUCAACGCCCCAUGUCUCUGACGCUUGAGCCCUCGUCAGGGAAAGGGAAGAGCGCUCAGUUACCGCUGUCGUCACACACUGCGAGUAAUGGAACUGAGGACAGGGAUAUCGCAGCGACGCAGCAUCAUACCAAAGAUGAUGCUGUUGAUAUUCGCCAGUCCUUGGCCCGGCUGCUGAUGACGUUGGCGACUGCACCCAGUUUGCCCCUCGAUUCCGCGGCAUCCCUGGCUGGCCCUGUCAUUUCUCUGCUUCAGAAACUGCAGCGAGGCCAUCCAGCAUCCGAUGCAGGACAGCAGAGACGGGACGAGACGAAAGAACAGGGCGGUCACGCGCCACCAGCUGUGUCGGUCCAGUUGAAACGAUAUCCAGCUGAAACCGCUGCAGCAUUGCAAGAUGGGAACGACCUCUCCCAGGAGAACAGCUCGGCGUGUAGUAACCGCAUCCGAUCAGCGGUAUCCGCAAGAGAAUGUGGAGACCAGUCGGCAAAUAUCCAGGUGAUGCUUUCAGGUACAGGACGCCUUCAUGACUCUCCGGCAACAGCAGAUCAACUCAGUCGGGAUUUGAGAUUUGCAGCGUGGUACUUCUUGCAGAGAAUGCUCCCUCUCGUCCAAGAGUGGUUCCCGCGUUUGCACGGGCAUCGCGGUGCCGCUCUUCUUCGUCUGCUGUGGGAAAGUAACGGCAGCGACGUUCUUGCGGGACAAGAAAGUACUGCUGAGCUAGCAAGCACGCGACAGCUAAGGGACCAGUUUCGACGGAGAGUUGGUGGCGAACUGAGGAGUCGUGCGUCGUGCCUUAUGGGCAGAGGUUGCACGACAGCUGACAGCGCAGACGGGCAGUCCGAGCGAGGAAGCGAGCCAGUUUCGGGACCGACAGUGAAUCUAAUGAGCAAAGGCACCAGUCAGGAAGUUGUGCCCGGCGAGCAGAAGCAACCAAAGGAAGAGGACCAUGAAGAGUUAGGAGAGGGCGCGCAGGCGCACUGGACAGGGAAUGAGCGUGCGACCAUGAAACAAUUUCCUUUCUCUGGCAAAGCGCUAGUUUGUAGUUUACAGUCCGCCGUGCUGAGAAGUUUAGGUAAUCUGAGUCCUGGUGCUCUCGCACGGCUUUGGGAGGCUUUGUCGCUCCAGGAAGAUGCAUCCGCCACAGCAGACCACCAUGCCUCGUCACUCGAUAGUCAACCCCGCCGUCAGGGGCACUCUUUAGGGAUUCCUGCAGUAGGCAGUAUUGUGGCUAACAAGCUUAUGGCGCUUGCGCGUACCGCGGCAUACGGUGAAUUGCCCCGCGGAGCGACAAGCGGAACCACGCGGCCUGCUGCGUACGGUACUUCGCACGCCGGUUCUCCUCACGGCAGUUGUAUGCCACUAGGGCGUGGAGACUAUGGAAGAAGUCAAGGAUCAGCAGCGAGCACAGUCAGCACCGCAGACCACGAACAGUGGUCCGUCGAAACCGGGACAGCUGGGGCAGGUGAAGCUACGCCAGAGGAGCGGGAUACACCCGGCGAUGACGCGACACACGAGCGGCCUGAUACAUGUGCAGCCGUGGAUCAUGAAGGCUUCUCAGCGCCCCGUGAAAGUCAUUGGAUUGCAGGCGCCGUUGCUGCGGCAGGGUCUGGACUGCUGGGUAGUGACGAACAACAGCGUAUCGCAACUGCGGCAGCGCGUGAUACGCAUGGCAGCUCUGCUUAUUUUGCUCUGCUUUCGUUUUUUGCUAACUCGAAAAAUGUCCCAGUCACAGCUGCCGCGUCUCUGGUACGCAAGCUGCUCGUUAACGCCCGACGCCUGAUCAGUGGAGAGGGGUCGCUGAAUGAGAGACCUCUGUUUCAAGCGGAACCGAACAAGACUCGUCCGCGUGAUCCUGAGGCCCUGACAGAGGAACCAGCCGAGCGAGGCGAAGCAUCAGUCACACCGGGUCACGAAUUUGAUGUGCAGAGGACCAACGAAGGAGGCAAACUGACAUGCAUAGAGGCAGGACCUCCGACAGAGGACUCACGUACCGGCGCGAACGAGUCUCGCCUGAAUUGUGGAGUGCAAGAGGAAAGCUCGCCUGGACGGUUGGGGUCUUGCCGAGAGUCAGUGAAGCUCCGGGCUAACUGCUCUUCAACCGACGAUGUGGACAGCGAGACUGUGGUAUCUGAGGAAAGUCGAAAGCGAAAGCAGGACAGUCGAGAGGCGGAUCUGAUGACAGCGGGGUGGUUACUCUGGAUCGCUGCAAAUAUUCACCAGCGUUCUGGUGAGCACUCGCUGCAUCGCCGGCAGCAACCUGGAUGGGCAGAAGGUCACAACGGAGAGAAUGGCAAACCUCAAGGCCCCAUUCAACCAGAAACACCUCGAGACGACGAACAAAGAACUCCUGAUUUGAACGAUGCCCUUCAGUUCCUGCUGAACGCCGUGCUUGCCGAGCUUGCGGAGCACAGGCUCCAAGUCAGCAGCGAGCAAAACCGGUCUUGGCUUGGAAACGGUUCGUCGAAGCUCGUAGCCAUGCAUGCAAAUCCAGGGGAGAUCUACGUUCAGUUGAUCCUAUGUCUCGACAUUUUGGCGAGGAUCCGGCACCCCUUCAAACAACCGGAAAGCUCAGAUGGAUUCCGCAGUGGAGAGCUUCCCAGGCAUCCCGCUCUUUCGGAUCUUCUCGACGGCUUAACGCAUCUGAUAAACGAAUGCACUUCGGACAUUGAGGCGGACAUAGCCACCACGACGUCAACAGACGCUGUCCGUCAGUCCACAGCAGGGCAGUACGGCACAUCGGUCCAUUUCCUGCAUAAUGUGAAAAGACCCCGGCGGUACUGUUCUCUCGAUUCUCUUGCAUAUGUUCUUCACUUGAGUCGGCAGGCUCGGGUUUUCCACCCACCUUUGGUUGAUGCCGUCUCUAGAGCCGUUCGGUCCCACCGGCGCCUCCGGUUGGGUCAAGGUAACACCGCUCCGUUUCAUCAGUCAACCGGUGUCUCGCCUUGUGGGGGAGGGAUGGUAGAAGCGCACCCAUCUGCUAACAUGACGCCACAGCAGACGUCGGAAAGUCUCCGCACCGCCUCUUGCCAACAUACUAGCAAGCUGUUGUCUGGUGGGCCAAGCUCCCCCGUCCCCAACCGGCCUUCCAGAAAGCUCCAGAGAGAUGGCGGUUGGCGCUCACAAAAGGAGAGGCACUGGCCGGCCGUGCUCCUUCUCGCUGAUGCGGCAAUCCACCAGCCUCAGGAGUCACUUGCGGUGCUCAGACGUGAGCUUUUGCUGAUGUUGGAUGAUGACCAUGCGAUGGAGGCUCUUCCUUUGCAGCACCUGAUUCGCGUUCUUCGGUUCGCGCUUACCUCCCGAGACCCUGUGCGGUACAGAGACUGCGAGAAUACCUCUCCAGCGAUUCUAGGCAGACAGGAGUUCGGCUGCGGCAGUGCAGCAUCGUCUGUGUGUGGUCGGGAUACCAAAGAACACACACGGACAAAUCCACCAACGAGCAGUAGCCAGGAUGGUAUUUCGCAUGGGGAGUUGUCAGCAGAGGGGGAGGAGAAAGGUGACGCCGACCUGAAGCGACAUGCGCCUAUUCUUUCCUGUGAUCAAAGCUGUCUGAGUGCCCUGGAAACCAGACCGGCCGAGCAACGCCCUCCUAAGAGUGAAAUCGCAGCUGUGCCAACCACGGACUCGAAGUCUCUCGACUCCUUAAUAGCAGCGAAGUCCAACGCCAUCCUCGACACUGAGGAAACAGCCAGCGCCCGUCUAGGUCGUCAUCCUGACGGCGAUCGAUCGGAGACAGUGUAUGCAACCAUAGCGGCUCGUUGCGUGAGGGAGGGCGCCUUGUUGCUCAACGAAAUGCGGAGGAAAAAAGAACAAGGACGUGGAGCGUUUUUGCAUUUUCUAAUGGACUUGGAAAAGAAAGGGUACGCACCGGUCGGCCUCAUCGAUACGUUAAACAAGGUCGUGAGUGGCCCGGGCUACUACGUGCAGCUGUGCGCCACUAUAUCAGUAAAGGGUCAUCAGGCCUUCACAAGCGCAACGCUGACACAUGAGUUAGGCGUUGCUCACGAGAACGAAGCUUGGACGAGCGGAGGACUGUCCUUGGAUAUCACCCUGGCGGCGCAAGCUGCUGAUGGGCAACGCGUGGCGGUAGAGGUAGACGGCCCCACGCACUUUGUUGAGGUCCUGAGAGGCGUGACGCUCCCUGGAAGCGGAACGAGAUACCUCGAUGGGCCCCAGUUCCUGCCGACGGCCUUGACACAAUUCAAGCAUCAGAUUCUAAGAUCUGCUGGGUGGCACGUCUUGUCAGUACCGUUCUUUGAAUGGCAUGCCCCGCAGACACCGGAAGCACCAGCAGGUCGGCCUCACCGUCAGUGUCGCAUGCUGAGGAGAAAGCUGGCUGCCUAUUUGCCUAGCUUCGCUGAGUCGGAGCAGAUAGCCGAUACUUCUCCGCACGGCAGUUUGCCGCUUUACAGGGAGAGACAGAGUCAGUGUGGCAGCAAUAGCACGGACAAGCAGGGUAGCGAUGGAAGUAUCGAUGCCGUUGAACUGUCACUUAGUACUCUGUCCACGAGGUGUCUGGGCGGAUCCCCGCAUCUUUCGGCCAAGGACAACCACCAACAGCAACUUGUGUCCGAGGCCACGGUGACACGUGAGACGCCUGGUACGGUCUCUGGCCUGCCAGCAGGGUUGUUCUCGGCAUCAGGUUCGAAACAAGUACAGCUGUCGAUUGCGCGUGUAAGAGAUACGAACAAAAAUCACGAUGGUAAGAACCCCGAUACGUAUCAGACCAUCAGGGCCGGACGCCGCAAACGGGCUGCCGCGAGCAGUGGUCGGGGCGGCAAUAAAUCGAUCCGUACACGGGGUAAGGACACAAGCCGUGAAGCCCAGCCUGCCAACAAUACCAGCGCCGAUUUUCUGCCGCAACAGUUGCACGGAAAAGGGUGCCAGCCGGCACCCUCCCAAAAGGGACUUGUUGCUGAUGAGAACCCCGCACGCCAGAAGGCUUCAAAAAAGAGGAUGCUUUCGGGUGCGAGCUUGCAAAGCGCCCAAGGCCAGGGAGCCGAGACACGCUCUAGAGGAAGGAGGAAAACGUCAUAUACCAAUUGUAUGGCAGGCUCCGCGGGAGCGCUCCAUCCACAAGACGAUGUGCCCACAGUAGGUCACAGAACUACGACAGACUCUAGGAGCGGAUAUGGAGAGGGCGGCGGUGAUGCUCGAACACUGGGACCCGACUGCGGAGGAACUGGAGGAUGGCAGAGGAAGCGUUCGAAGAAACAAGGUGCUGUUGAAGACAAAGAACCACGGGAAGAAGGAGAAAGCCCUACGUGA